CUCCUUCCCACCUUUUCCUCCCGCACGCACAAACAUCAUUAAGUCCUCCUCUCCCUAUGCAUCCCUGCUUCCUCCCUUCCCCCGUCACCCCUUCUCCUUUCUUUUCCCAUUCACCGCGAAGAAAGCAUGGCGAACUCGGCGUCGGGAAUGGCGGUGCAUGAUGAGUGCAAGCUCAAGUUCCUGGAGCUGAAGGCCAAGAGGAACUUCCGCUUCAUCGUCUUCAAGAUCAACGAGAAGCUGCAGCAGGUGACGGUGGAGAAGCUCGGCCAGCCCGACGAUAGCUACGACGAUCUCACCGCAUCCCUGCCACCCAACGAGUGCCGCUAUGCCGUCUUCGAUUUCGACUUCGUCACCGACGAGAACUGCCAGAAGAGCAAGAUCUUCUUCAUUUCUUGGGCUCCUGAUGCAUCAAAGGUGAGGAGCAAGAUGCUGUAUGCCAGUUCCAAGGACAGAUUCAAGAGGGAGCUUGAUGGCAUACAAGUGGAGUUGCAGGCCACGGAACCUAGUGAGAUGAGCAUUGAUAUCGUGAAAGGGCGAGCUUUAUAACCCAUUCUCCACUCGGGACCUUCAUCCGGUACUGAGUUGUGCAGUAGCCGAUGCUGAUGAUGAUGAAAUUAGGUUUCUUCAACCCUGUCAAUGAUUGCUUUCAAAAAAUGAGGAUCACAAAUCCAUCGAGUGCGUCUAAAGCCUUUCUUUGUAUGCAACUCUAAUGUGUGUGCUUCAACAUCUUUGAAGUCGCUUGUGGUGUUCUUGCAUUUCUUAUUACAUCUAUUCUUUCCU